GCUCAUCCUCCUGCGAUCUCCCUCCAAAAAGAAAACCAAUUCUUUGAUUCAACAAACCCAACUCCGCAAAUCAACUAAUCAAGAAAAUCCAACUCAAAAUCUAAAUGUCUAUUUCACUAGCUAUCUAGAAAAUCCGAAUUGAUUUUGAGAUCUCAUAUUCUCUAGUCAUCUGUAUAAGAAUUAAAAAGAAUUUUUAAAGUUUUAGUCUAGUGAAGUAUCGAAGUCGAACAAUUCCCAAAAUAUGAACUAUUUUUUAUUUUAAAAAUGAAUGUUCUUCCAAGAUGGAUUGAUGCGAUUUGUUGGGUUUCUCGUUCGGCUUGGUGGUGCUCGGAGAUGUAGCAAGCACUGCACCGGUGUUACUGGGGCUCACAAUUCUUCUCCCCAGGCCGUGGUUUCUUGUUUGCAGGGGUCACUUGACCUCCUUGCCCCUACGUGGAUUGCCAGUGAACCUUGGUACAACUUUUUUCAGAUUUUCCUUUCCAUAAAUGCAAAUACCCAGAUGGAGAAACUUGUUUCUACUCAAGAAUUCAUUGAUUUCAUCAAAUCCUACAGCAACCCGCUUCGCUUGGUUCCAUUCUACUCCAACUUCAUGCGAGAAGUGGAAGAACAAAUGGACCUUUGAUGUAAAAAGCAGUCAACAACCAUCAAAGAAUUACAUCAGAUAUGCAACACGUCAGAAACGUGCUGAUACAAAGAAAGCCCUGAAAAACCUCCUCUUCAACAGUGGGUCCUCUAAAAAUUUCUUUCAGAACAUUCAGAAUGAAAAUGAUUCAGGAAGCUCUCCUCAGAAACAUAGGUCGAGAUCUUCUCGACAUGCUGAGAAAUCACACCACAAGAAAACGAAACGCAAGUUCAAAAGAGAGAGUUUCUCUGAAGACGAUGACAACAAUCCUGAGUCUAUCUUUCGUGCGACAUUUGGCAAGAGAUGGUACACCUGGUCUUUUGACUCGUGCCGUGACUCCUCUUUCAAAGAUUCAGAAUCUGGAUUUGAGUGGACAGAGCAAUCAAGCUGGAAAGAUAAAAGUAAAAGAUGGGAGAAUAGUAGUGACGUGGAGUCUGAUGAUGAGUCAUGUACUAUAGGAUCUUAUUCUGAUAGAACAAUUCUUGGUCUACCUCCAACAGGUCCUUUAAAGACUGAAGAUGUUAAAAAAGCUUUCCAUUUAUCAGCUUUAAAAUGGCAUCCUGACAAGCAUGAAGGCCCUUCACAGGCUAUGGCUGCAGAGAAAUUUAAAGUUUGUGUUAAUGCUUACAAAUCUCUGUGCAAUGCACUAUCCCCAGCGUAAGCCGGGGGCUCAAAAGGUUCUGGUUUGAACAUUAACAGCUCCCUCUAUACCGGUUCUCUAUUCAAAAGGAAAUCCUCAUACAGAUUUGACCUAGUACUGGACAUGGUCUCCAGAUCAAAGCGUUAGUCUACUUGAAUAGUAAUUUGAUUAGUUUAUUCAAAUUAUAGAUGCAUAAAGAUUGUAGUGAAUCUAUUGACAAAUUUAUAAAGAAAAUUACAGUUCUUUUAGAGAUAUUCCUUUUUUUGGGUAAACUUUUAGAGAAAUUCUUUGAAUUCCCAUUC